CCCCCCCCCCCCCACAUUUAGCCUGUCCUAGUUAUGCUGCUCACCUCUGCCCACCACCAGCAUGCAUUAUAAUCAAGCUGUACUUAAUACUCGGGCUAAAUUCAAUUGAUUCAACUCUCCCCUUUCUCAAGGAGAGAGAAGUUAACAGGCAGAUUGGGGAAUUUUUCUAAACAACCAAAACCAAGUUAACCUCCAAAGCACUGAUGUCAAGCACUAGUCAGUGUAGAUUUGAGGCUACAAAAUACUAUUUAGGAAUAUGGGUGAAGACCAAACCUCCCAACCGCUCCCCCCCCCCCCUUGUUCCAUGUCAUAGCCCAAAAUCCACACCUGUAGUCCUAGGAUCCUAGCACUUACUGUCACCGGCACUGCUGACAUGUGUUCAUUAUUUUUGGUUUGAAACAGAUGGCUGAACAAAGGAAAGAUGUAUAUUGGUUUAUGCAUGAGGAGAGAGGAAUACCUGAAGCUCAAAUCGACAGGAUGAAGCAGGAGAAGAUUGAUGAAACUGUAAUACCCUUCAUGACAGACCAGAAUUUGCAAGGGUAUCUUCCCCUCUUCGGAGACCGGCUGGCAGUAAUCAACUACUGCAAGAGCGAGCAAAAACAUGGAAGAGGUCCAGAGGAGAACAAGUUGAUACAAAAGUUAAGAUUGAAAAUGAUGAAUAGAAGGGGCCAAACGGAAGCCAGAGACACCUCACAGCAUGUACCUAAACUCGGCAAUAAGAAUGCCAGAAAAGACACACGCAGAGUUGAUUUUGGUUGGCUUAAUUACAACUCAAAAGAAAAAUCAUACAAACAAGUGAGGAAACAACAUGGAGGGGGUACACGCCAAAUGACCGUGAAGAAAGACUGUAUUGCACAUCAGCUUAAGACUGUUGCCGAAGGCCUUUAUUUCAAAGAAGGUCAGUCAUCCAAGGGUCCCCUCCACAAAUUUGAAACAGCACUUGCAGAUUUCACACAGCAUGAAAUUUCUGACAAUGAGACAGUGGAGGAAAAGUAUAAUGCUGCUCACAUGCCAGUGCUGCGUUUCUAUCUUCUGACCAAAGAGAAGGAUACAAAGGCUGCAAAGCAGGAGACCGAUGAAGAGGACAGUGCAGAUUUCAGCGUAUCUGAUGAUGAGCAGUAUUUAGAUGUGGGACAAGAGGUUCAGGUUGAAACUUCUGAUGAGGCAUCAAACCAUCAGGCAGAAGAUGCAGACGCCCGAGGCAUGUUUGAGCAGACUGAUACUCCAACUAUUCAGUUUCGAAAACAAAAACAGGAUGUCCACUUGGAAGGAGGAUGCUCCAGCGGCACAAGCUGUUACAAGUCUUACAUCGAAUUGCUGAGUGACUCUGAGAGCGAUGUUGAAGACAUUGAAUUGGCUGCUGCAAUUGAAGCAAGUUUGCAAGACACUCAACCACUAAAUGAUGACAGAAAUAAUGAGGAUGUUGUGAGAAACAUUAUCACAAAACUUGCUGGACGGCGUUCAGAUGGAGAACCUACAACCAUUGUUGUGCAUCGCAAGCGACUACUUGCUUCCACUAUGAGGGCUGUCAGUAGGCCUGGUUUCAGCUUUUGGACCCAGGUGCGAAUUGUGUUCUCAGGCGAGGAUGCAGAAGAUGGAGGAGGACCCCGUCGUGAAUUCUUCAACCUUCUUGUGAAAGAACUUCAAAGCUCAGGGAUAUUUGAGAAUUGUGAAGGCAGAUUGUCAUUCAAAUAUGAUCUCCAGAAAAUCAGCCAAAGGGCAUAUGACAUGGCUGGUAAACUCAUCACUUGGAGCUUAGCCAAUGGAGGACCAGGGCUUUGUUCGCUGAGUCCCUCUGUCUUUGCUGCCAUGGUUGGCCAACCAGUUGAUACGGAAGACAUCAGAUACUUGCCAGACCAGAUGUUUCAAUGCAACGUUGAAAAGUUGUUGGGCUCAAAGCAAGAGGACUUCCCUGCAGUCAUCGUUGAGCUGACAGAUUGGCUUAUUGACCAGGGUCUCACCAGCAUUCACAAGAUAGACUUUGCAGACCGAGACAAUCUAGUAAAGGAGCUGGUGACCCACCAGAUAUACCACAGAGUCCAGAGCUGCAUUGGGCAGUUUACAGAUGGACUAGGCCCUCUCUGGGAGGACGUCAAAGGAAGCCCCAAAGCAAGUGCCUCUCUCUUCAUCUAUGAUGACCAUCCUUUGUCUGUAGAUGUGAUGCGCAAACUCUACAAGAUAGAGUACUCACCACCAGGCUCUAACAACAGGAAUCAAGAGGAAGACACCAUAUACUGUUUUGAGGUUUUUCUACAAAAUUGUGAAGACGAGAUCACUGAGGUUUCACUGGAGGACAUCCUGGAGUUUUGGACCGGUGCUCCCAAACCACCACCAUGUGGAUUCAGUGAGGACCCCAAAGUCUCUUUCUUCACGGCGGUUUCGGGCAUAAAGCGUUUGCCAUCAAGUCACACAUGUGGCCCAAUUCUGUGGCUCCCCAGAGGAAAGGAAGAUCCAGAUGAGUUCCAAGCCAUGAUGAGAUUUGCAAUCAAGGAAACCCAGGGAUUUGGUAAAAUAUAGACCGAGGCAAGGCAGUUGCUUGCUGUGAGGAUUAGUUUCACAGGUUUCAUGUUGUGAGUUUUUGUUUUUGGUAAAGUCAUACAUAUACAGUCAUGAAACAAGUUACUUUCAUUUUAAGUAUACAUAUCCUUGUAGUUCUAAAAACAUAUCAUUCAGCAGUUAAAGAGGGAGGAGUAAUGUCAACUGGUAGUGUGGUUUCUGUCGAAGUAUAUUUCCAGUAGCAGUAUAUUUUUAGUAGAGGCUAGAAAUGAGGUCGAUGAUGAAAGUUUUGAACAAAGUUUUAAAAAGAGUAUACAUGUAUUUCUAUUUUUAUAGUUAAUUAACUGAUGACUUACAUUUCCAAGGGGUAUAUGUAGGGUGCAUUGACUUAACAUUGACACCUAAAGCUGCCACUGCCAUUAAGCCUUCUUUAUAGGCUUAAAUCUUGUUACAAGAGCAAACAAGGGAUUUUGUAGACCAAAAUAUGUCAGCACGGGGGUGCAAACAGCAUACUUAAAUGCAGAGGACUGUCCGUAGAGGGUAAGGCAAAUGGAAAUUAUGUUUCAGAUUUGUAGGACAAUCAGUUAAAACCCAUCUGGUAUCCCCAAGGUUAGUAUAAGAUUUUAAGGAUGAAAAACAGCACUGAUAAAAAGGGCCAUUUCUUUUGAUGUCGCAAAGACUCCAUGCUAAUUUAUAGAAACAAUUCAUCCAUGAAUAAAUGAUAAUAUCAUUAAGCACUGUGCAGUUCUUCAGUAUCAGAUGCAGGGUCAGGAAUAUCAAGAACACUUUCUGAAAACCUUACUGGUCAACUGCCUAGAAUCAUAUACACUGCAUGGGACAAGGCUUAAGUUUAUGUGUUUCUUUUAUUAUGACUGGAGCUUACAGGGUAAAGAACAAAAAGAGAUCCGACGAAAAACGCCCUCCUAGCUUGCUGUAGGGGUGAACAUUUCAUACCACAGGUAUACAGGUUUUCCCAUCAACGACCCUUGGUGCAGUGAAAGAAUGUACGGGAAAGCCUUUUUGACUUUGGCAUAAACUGUAAUUGUCGGAGACAACAGAAAAAAAUGGACUUACACAUCACAUAUAAAAGCCUUUCUUGCUGUAUUGCAAAUAUGUAUUUACUCCAUGGUGUUCAAAUUACAUGAUAUUGAAACUAAGCUUUGAUUUUUAUAAAAGUUGACGUUGUUCUAACAUGGGAAAAUAAAGUGCCGGAGGAGUGCAACAGAA